AUGUAUAGUCACAUCGACGUGACCUUUAAUGAGGAUGACGCUAGUGGGGUUCAUUUCCCCCACAACGACGCCUUGGUGGUGGAAGCCAUGAUAGGAAACCACACCGUGUGCAGAAUCCUGGUAGACAAUGGGAGCUCGGUGGACCUCCUAUACUCUGACUGCUUUGAGAAAAUGGGGAUCCAAAAGGAACAAUUGGAAAAAACCUCCAGGCCGCUAUGUGGUUUCACUAGGGACUCCGUCAUCCCCCAGGGGACCAUCUGGUCGCCUAUAAUCACCGGAGAAAAACCCCGACAGGCUACCACAAUGGCCAACUUCGUGGUUAUAAAAGGAGGCUCCCAAUACAAUGCCAUGAUUGGAAGACCAACCCUUCAAGCGCUAAGGGCCAUAACUUCCGUUUACCACCAAAAGGUCAAGUUCCCUACCCCAAAUGGCGUGGACGAAAUGAAGAGCAACCAGUAUGAAGCUACGGUUGCAUACUCUGACGCCCUGCACGGAUAUGACCAGCCAGGAAGACAGGAGGCGAGGAUGGUUCACCAGAGUCUCGUCGAGGACAUAGACCCUAGGAUCCAAGAGGAAGUCACAUGGUCUCAACCCGUCGAGCAGUUGGUGGAAAUCCAAGUUAAUGAAGGCGAGUCCACCAAAGUGCUAAAAAUGGGCUCGGGCUUAGCCCCAUCACUUAAGGUUGAGAUCGAAAACUUUCUCAGGAAGAACUUAGAUGUCUUCGCCAGGAAUCAUUUCGACGUGGAAGGGAUCGACGCCGAGGUAAUAUGUCACUCCCUAAACGUCGACCCCUCAUAUCCGCCCAAGCGUCAGAAACGUCGACCGAUGAACCCCGAGAGGUAUGAAGCACUGAAAGAAUAG